AUGGGUGAUAACCUAGUUUAUGCUGGUUGGUUGAAAUUGAUGACUAUUCCGUUAUCGUAUCAUUGUUUUCAGUUCGCGGCAGCACUGGCGUCUCUUUGAAAAGAGGUCUCAGCGGCUCUGCGUCAACAUUGUUCGAACAAUCUCAGUAGUGUUGAAGGUUCGCUCAGAAUAAUGUGAUUUCUUUGAGGACCUCGCGGGAUGUUUCGUGUGAUGUCUUUCAAUAUAGUAAUAGCGGGCGAUUUUUCGCAUAUUGCGACCGAAAAUUGUUAGCAGAACUCUGAAGUCCUCUUUCAUUAACCUUUUUUUUUUAGAACACGUGUAUUGGAAAUUGCGACGGGUAAAGAAGUGCUCUCAGCCGAAUUAAAAAAAACAAAGCGCAUUUUGUUUUCUCCAAAAGAUACUCUCGUUUUCACUUUCGAACAGUACGCUAUUUAUGGGCAAAAGGUUUGAAAUGAAAUCGAAAAAUUUCAUUUUGUAAAUUGCGUUUUGUAUAGACAUCGCCUGAUCAAAAGCCGGAUCCAAAUGUUCGUGUAUUCAGUCUAAGCGAUGGGAAACAUCUCCACACGUUAAUCGCUCAUAAAGAAGUUUGGAAUUAAAAAAAAAUAAAAGUUUAAGUUUCCUUUUAAAGUCUUCUUGGGAACCUCAAUGGAACGAGGACGAGUCGAUUGCGGUCAGAAUGGUUGGAGGAGAAAUAAUGUUCCAUUCCAACAACAAUUUCGGUAUUUUUUUCAGUCCGGAUGUACGGGAUUUCGUUUUCAGACAAGUACGACAGGAAGAUGGUAGUUCCUGGAGCGACGGCUUUCGCCUUAAGUCCGGCUACUUCUCCCAGCUACAUCGCCGUUUAUGUACCUGCCAGUGGAGUUAGUUUUUUUUUUUUUGGUUCUUUAUAAUGCCGUGUUGAAGAAAAUUUUGGCGAUUUGGAAUUUGACGAUUCAUUCUUUUAAAAAUUAUUACUUGGAUUACGCAAAGUUGGCUAUUUGAAAGCUUUUUUUUGCCGAAAUCACUUUGAACACGGCGUCAGAUUUUUUGAUAAUUUUCUAAUAAUUCUCCUUUUUAAAUUUUUUUUACUUUAAAAAUAUCGCUAUCUCAGUCGAACCCGGCUCACGUCAGAGUACACCGGACCGACGACAACUUCACGGUCAUUGCUUCCCGAACCUUCUUCAAGUCCGAUAUAGCAACUCUUCAUUGGAAUCAACGCGGUAUGACUUAUUUAGUGAGGAAAAUAAUAUAUUAGGUUAUUAAUUGAUCAAGGUACAUAUUUAACAGUAAUUUAUGGUUGAUAUAAAAGUUUAGGAAGAUCUCGGAGCAGUAAGAAGCCGAAAAAACGCGCUAAUUCUUCAAAAACAUAAACUUCGAUUUAGAGCUUUUUCCAGCUGCAAAGGUAUGAAAAAGAACAACGAGCUCGAAAUUGAUUUCUAAAAAAAUUAUUGGCUCUGAGCGAAUUCUCUUUAUUUCUUUUGCACGGUUAUAAACAAAUUUAUAAAAAUGUUUUAUGAUAAUUUUUUUCAAAAUCGUGAACAGCAUCUAUAAAAAAAUUUCUGAAAUUUCGACAUUCAGGAAAUGCCCUUUUUGAUUUUGGCCAGUGUUGAAGUCGAUGCGAGCAACCAAUCGUACUACGGGGAACAGAGCGUAAUAAAUAUCUGUCUGUUUUUCAACCAGAAGGCUUUUUUAGUUGUACUUGAUAAACGUGCAGUCCGAUGAAUCUGUACUGGUUCCAUUGGCCAAAAAUGGUCCUGUUUACUCGGCGAAAUGGAAUCCCAACGGUAAAGAGUUCGCCGUCUGUUAUGGCUAUAUGCCGGCCAAGGUUCAUUCAUUCUUGCUUUUUUUUUCGAAGUUAUUUUAUUCUGUUCCAGGUCACUUUCUACAAUAUGAAAGGCAUUCCGACGUUCGACACCCAGGAAGGACCGCGCAACGAUUUGUACUACAACGCUUUCGGAAACAUUCUGCUCAUCUGCGGCUUCGGAAACCUCAGCAGAGGAACCAUGGAGUUUUGGGACGUCGAAAAGAAGAAACAAAUCGUCACUGUCAGUUUUGUUCUACUUAAUUCUCAACUGAAUCAAAAAGUUGAGAGCUUUUUUCAUCUCGAUUGAAAAAAAAAAUGUUUUGACAUUUUCAUAGGAAACUCUUUUUUUUACGCCAAUUUUCUGUGAAUAAAAAACAGUGAAGUAAAAAAGAGAAUCGUGAGUAUGGUUCAUAAGACCAAAGUUCCAGAUCGACGUUCCAAACACAACAAUUUUCGAGUGGGCGCCGGAUGGUCAGCACUUCCUGACGGCGACGACGGCGCCACGACUUCGUCUCGACAAUUGUUAUCGGUCAGGCUUUGCAAUUGGUCAGCUCUCAAAAAGUUUUUUCAGUUUCUGGCAUUAUUCCGGUCGAAUGUUGCACGAAGUCGAGUUUGAGUCGCCCAAAGAGUUGUGGGAGGUUUGAUUUUUCAUUUGGAAUUGGUCUCAUUUUCCCACCUAACCGGUUGAGAAACUGUUCGCAUUACAGAUAAGAUGGCGGCCGAUGAACGCCUACAACAAGUUCGAAGUGCGCGAAAUGACGAAAGCCGACCAGAUGGCCGCGGGCUUGCCAAUCAAGAAAAGGGUCAGAGUCUCAUGACUUAUUCGCAUUCAAUUCAUUCUGGGCUAUGAGUUGAACUCAGUAGAGAAGUCAGAGGAAACAACAUUUUUUCGAUGAGGAAGGUCAAGUGUAACGAAAGAAAAUAGUUUUAUCGGCACAAACAUGGAAACUUCCAAUUUUAUUUUUGUAUUCAGCGAAAUUUAUUUUGGAAAGUCAUACCUAAAAACACGAUUAGUAUGAAAGAUUUCUUUUGACCUCCUCAGAAAAGUUCUAAAACCAAUGAUCUCGUGAAUUUUUUGAAACUAUUUGUUUUAAAAGUUUUCAAAAUUUAGAAUUUGCUGAAAUUUAGAGACUGAAAACAUACAUUAAAAAAUCACAAAUCAAUUAUAAAUAUGUUUACUUUCGGAAUUACUUCUGCACAUUGUCAACUUUGCCUAAUAGUUUUUUUGAUUUUUUGAGCCCGAAACCUUCAGGAUGCCUCGCAUCCGUUGAACAAUGUGCCUGCAGGGGCUGUCAAAAAACAAACAGCUUACGUACCUCCUCAUUUACGGAAAGGAAACGGUAAGAAGAUAUUGUACUCCGUAGUCCCACGGAGUUUCAUCUUUAGUCGGAGCGAUACCGAGUUCAAACGGCGGAAACUCGGCUUCGGCUGUCAAGCCGCAGCAGAGCGACAACGAGAGGAAAGUCAUGAACUUGAAGAAAAAGAUCGACGACAUCCAAAAACUGAAGGUGAAAAAUAAUUUCAAGUUUUAUGCAUUUCUCUUUCAUAGAAAAAUACUCUCCAAAAGUUUUUAUAUUGGAUGAAACAUAUCCUUUUUGAUUUUGGAAAUUUGCAGGAGCGGAUAAAAAACGGCGAAGAACUGCAGGUGAAUCAGUUGGACAAGGUGAAGAAAGAGCAAGAGUUUUUGGACGAGAUUAAAAAGUUGCAAAUCAGUUAA